AUGGGUGCGAAAGCAUGUAAACCGUGCAAGAAGCGCAAAGCCAACACCUUCCAAGGCGGCUCCAUCCUCGACCGCGUCAUCAGCCAAGCCUCCAACCAAGACCAGUGCCUCCUCUACAAACUCGCCAACUACAAGAAAGGGGGCGAGCUGAUCGACGCGUACAACAUGGGAGGGACGGCGGAAGUUGAGAAGCUGAUUCGGGAGCAGUUCGGCCAGCUGAUGUACCAGGAAGGCAAGGGGCAGAUCAUCAACCGCUCGGAGUACUUGAGGUGGAAGUUCCGGGACCACGAGCAGGUGAUUCUGCCCAUCGAGGCGUCCUUGAGUCGGUACGACCCUCUGGCGAAGUGGACGGACCAUGAGGCGUGUUGGCAGAUGCAGUACAGGGGGUCGCUGGGGGAGUCGCUGUUGCACGUUUUGAUUAUCUGCGACACGAAGAUUCACACUAGGUUGGCGAGGACUUUGAUUAAGUGUUUCCCGAAGUUGGCGCUGGAUGUGGUGGAAGGGGAGGAAUACUUGGGGGCGAGUGCGUUGCAUCUGGCUAUAGCGUACAAUAAUAAUGAAUUGGUGCAAGAUCUGGUGGAAGCGGGGGCCAAUGUUAAUCAGAGAGCCAUUGGAAGUUUUUUUCUUCCGAGAGACCAACAGAGACAAAAACCUGCCAAACACACAGACUAUGAAGGUUUGGCGUACUUAGGGGAAUACCCUUUAGCUUGGGCGGCUUGUUGUGCCAAUGAAAGUGUCUACAAUUUAUUACUGGAUAAUGGAGCCCAUCCAGACCUACAAGACAAUUUUGGCAACAUGAUUCUUCACAUGGUUGUCGUCUGCGAUAAACUGGACAUGUUUGGGUACGCUCUAAGACACCCUAAACUCCCAGCGAGUAACGGAAUUGUGAAUAGAGCAGGUCUGACCCCUCUAACGUUAGCUUGUAAAUUAGGACGGGCUGAAGUUUUCCGAGAAAUGUUGGAACUUUCAGCUAAAGAGUUCUGGAGGUACAGCAACAUCACGUGUUCGGCGUACUUUCUAAACGCCUUAGAUACCCUACUACCAGACGGACGUACAAAUUGGAACUCCGCCCUAUUUAUAAUUCUAAACGGAACUAAAGAAGAACAUCUCGAUAUGUUAGACGGUGGUAUAAUCCAGAGAUUACUAGAAGAAAAGUGGAAAACGUUCGCACGAAACCAGUUCCUAAAACGCCUCUUGAUUUUGGUCGUCCACUUACUCUUUUUAUCUUUAGCUGUGUAUUUAAGACCGGAUGACCCCGACGAGUCGCUUCUUCUAUGGGCCGAAGACGUCACAGUCAUAGCUAGAUACGUGUGUGAAUGUGGCACCAUUUUGGGUGUGCUGAGCUACCUUAUUUUGCAACAAGGUGACGAGAUCCGAAAUCAGGGAGUUACGGCUUUUUUGAAACAACAAUCGAAUUCGCCACCUAAAUUAAUCUUUCUGAUUUCCAAUAUUUUAAUUUUGGCGUGCAUUCCGUGCAGAUUGUACGGGGAUAAGGAGACAGAAGAGGCUAUUUUGUGCGUUGCGGUUCCAGGGUCGUGGUUUCUGCUGAUGUUCUUCGCUGGAGCUGUACGCCUGACGGGUCCUUUCGUCACCAUGAUCUACAGCAUGAUCACCGGCGACAUGUUGACGUUCGGGAUAAUCUACACCGUCGUACUUUUCGGGUUUUCCCAGUCCUUCUAUUUUCUUUAUAAGGGUUUCCCGGGAGUGAAAACGUCGCUAUAUAAUACGUACGCUAGUACUUGGAUGGCCCUUUUCCAAAUCACGCUGGGCAACUAUGACUACCAGGAACUGUCCCUAACGACGUACCCAGGCGUCAGCAAAACCGUAUUCCUGCUUUUCAUGGUAUUCGUACCCAUUUUACUACUCAACAUGUUGAUAGCCAUGAUGGGUAAUACCUACGCGCACGUGAUUGAACAAAGCGAAAAAGAAUGGGUGAAACAAUGGGCAAAAAUAGUAAUCGCGCUGGAACGGGCUAUCCCUCAGAGCGACGCCCAGCACUACCUACAAGAGUACAGUAUUUCCUUAGGUCCCAGCGAACAAGACCCAACUAUAGAAAAAAGAGGAGUGUUAAUCAUUAAAUCGAAAAGUAAGACUCGAGCGAAGCAAAGAAAAGGAGCGGUGGCUAACUGGAAGCGAGUCGGUAAAGUGACCAUUAACGCCCUCAAGAAAAAAGGUCUAACCGGAGAGGAAAUGAGGUGCCUUAUGUGGGGUCGCGAGUCCAUAAACACCCCCAUCAAAGUAAAAAAACCCAUAAAGGACCCUUUGUCCGACCCGCAAGGACCAAACCUUACGGGUGGUUUCGGGGAUGCUUUAACCACGGCCUUGGACGUCAUGGCGUUCACUCACGACCUAGACAUAGUGAGUGCUUCUCAGGGUUUAAAUUUAGCCACAAACACUAAACCCGUAACCACCACUACCCCGACUACAACGGUUACGAAUACCGUUACCAUCAACAACCAAAUAAACUCGGCUUUAAACGCUCAACAAAAGGCUAUAGCUGGUGCCGGGGUGGGAGCCAUGGCGAUGAUCGGCACCGUAACCCAGCUCACGGACUCACAAGGCCACAUCACCACCACCAAAAACACGAAGAAAGACGACGGGGUCAAAGCAACCAGUUCGGAAGACCCGUUCAGAGAGCUGGUGAUCAACUCAAACGACAGCAACUGCGAUCCAGAAAAACUAAAAAUGUUGGCGCUAUCAGCAGCCGAUUUACGUGACGUCGAAGAAGUGUCCAUAUCGAAACAGCAACCCAAAAGUGUGAAAAGUUUGGCCGGGAUUUUCGCAGGAACCGAGACUUUCGUGCGGAAGGUCGAAGAAACGAUUAAGAAAAAGUAUGCGGCGUUGGACCCGAGCGACAGCGAGGGUUUCGGAGAGCCACCGCUGUUGGGUAAAGUUUCCCGAACCCGACGCGCCAAAUCAGCCAAUUUGCGCAACUCCUCGGCAAAGUCGAAGGCGUCAGAUAAGAAAAAGUUGGUGCCCGGGUCACAAUCCAGCUCCACCGACACCGUCAACAAUGAAGCCAACGACAAAGCGAGCGAAAACUCGGACCUCGACUAUGCCGAAGAAAGAAUCAAACUGGUCAAAGAAUCCUUGAAACAAGCCGUCGAUGUGGCCCAAAUCCGACCAAUCAACAUCGACGUGGCGCUCGGCGAAGAGCAAGUCUCUAUGACAAUUUCCGAAACCUUAAGGGUCCAAGGGUCGGGCGAAGGCGCCGACGCCCAGUCUUCCAACCUCAAACCCAAACGAAAAAAGCGGAGCAAAACGGCCAAGAACAACAAGGUGGCACCCGUGGUGGAACCUCGGGGUUGUCGUUCGGCCAACGACCACUUGAACUCGGACGACAGCGAAUCCCCGGACCCUCUGGAACCCUGGAGCACCAAGAAAAUCGCCAACAUGAACAAGAUCCUGGCUUGGGAAAACGACCAAGACAGCAUGUAAAUGACAAUUGACAAAUAAAAUUAUUUUUGUGGUU